AUGGAUAAUAUAUGUUCGAUGCUUCUAGAAAAUGAAGAUUAUCUAAAUGAAGAUAACUUUCAUAUAAAUAUGUUGGUUUGGUAUUAUAAAGAAAACGAGAAUGAAUUAGAAAUACAAAAAAAUGAUUUUAUAAUAAUGAAUAAAAUAUUUGAGAAAUGUAAAAUUUUAGAUAAGUCUAAUACAAAAAAUAUAAGACUAGAAAAUGUGAGAAAUAAAAUGAUAUAUGAAUGUGAAAAUAUAAAAAAAUUAUAUUCAUGUGAAAAUAUAGAUAUUAAUGUAGAUGAUAUCUGCAAUUUAAAUUGUAGAAAUAUACCAACAAUAUUAAAUUACUUAUGUGGACGAUUAUCAAAUGAUAUAAUAUAUACAAAUCUAAGUCAUUUAUUGAUUGUAAUAAAUCCGUUUAAAUGUCUAAAUGACACUAACGAAACAAUAAUAAAAAAAUAUAAAUAUAUGGAAAAUGAAAAAAAUUUAAAGUCUCAUAUUUUUAAAAAAGCAAGAACAGCUUUAUAUAACUUAAAAAAUUUGAGCAAAAAAAAUCAAUACAUUAUUGUAUCAGGAGAAAGUGGUUCAGGAAAAACAGAAGCGUGUAAAAAUGCUAUGAAAUUUUUAACUUAUAAUGAAAUAAAAGAAAGAACAAAAGUACCUGAAAUAAUUUUGAACACAAAUGUAUUGUUAGAAUUUUUUGGAAAUGCUAAAACCAUUCAUAAUAACAAUAGUAGUAGAUUUGGUAAAUCUGUUAAAUUAUAUAUUGAUGAAAAUAAUAAUGUUCAAAGCGGAUAUAUAAAAGCAUUUCUCUUAGAAAAAAGUAGAAUUAUUAAACAAGAAAAAGAAGAACGGAAUUUUCAUAUUUUUUAUGAAAUGUUAAAUUAUUUGAAUAAUAAAGAAAAUAUAUUCUUAUAUAAAGAAAAUUUCAAAAAUUAUUCUACUAAUAUAGAAUAUUACAAUAUUUUGAAUAAAAGUGAUUUAAAGUUUUCUAAUGAACAAAAAAAUAAAUUUCAUGAGAUUAUAACUUCCUUUCAUUACCUUAAUUUAAAUGAUAAACAAAUUAAUGAUAUUAUAUCAAUUUUAUUUGGUAUUUUAUUACUAGGUAAUGUAAAAAUAGUAGAAAAAGAAAACUCCUGUGGAAUAGCUCGAGGAGUUAUAGAAAAUUACGAAGAAUUUAAAAAAGCAUGCGAGGCUUUGUUUUUAGAUGAUAUAGCUCUAGAAAAUAUAUGUUCAACAAAAAUUACCACAAUAGGCAAAACUGAAAUAAAAUCAUCCUUUACAAAAGAAGAAAUGGAAACUAUGUUACAUUCUUUUAGUAAAAUUAUUUAUUAUAAUUUAUUUAGUUGGAUAAUUGACAGAAUAAAUAAUCUUAUAAAUCCUUUAUAUGAGAAAGAAAAUCAAAAUGAAAAUGAAAAUGAAGAAAUUCAUCUAAAUAAAAAUGAAAACCUUGAUUUGAAUACACAAUUGAAUAAUAAUAGGAAUUUUAUAGGUAUAUUAGACAUAUUCGGCUUUGAAAUAUUUUCUAAAAAUUCGUUAGAACAAUUAUUAAUAAAUAUAGCUAAUGAAAGAAUACAGCAAUUUUUUCUUAAUACUGUUUUUGAAAAAGAAAACGAAAUAUAUAUAAAAGAAAACAUUGAUAUUCCACUAAUUCAAUAUACACCAAACUAUAAUUUAUUAAAUGUACUGUAUAAAGAACCCGUUUCUAUUUUAAAUUUUUUAGAAGAUUGCUGUUUAACACCCAAAAGUACUGAUCUAACUUUUACGAUGCUAUGUAAUAAGCAUUUUGGAAUAUUAGAUAAACAAAAUGAAAAAAGUAUUUAUAAAAUAACAAGUAAUUCUUAUGAUAAUACAAAGAAUCAAUUGUUAAAAAAAACGAAUUCAACUAAUUCGGAUUUGAAAAACAUAAAAAGUAAUAUUUUUCCAGAGAAGGAUCAUCAAAAUUACAAAAAAUAUGCUUCAGAAAUAUAUAUAAAAAAUAAAUCUUCAAAUGCUAAAAAAUUUACUAUUUCACAUUCUAUAGGGAAAAUAGAAUACACCACUGACGAUUUCAUUUUUAAAAAUAAAGAUGUUAUAAAAUCAGAAUUUAUUGAUAUAUCAAAAAGUUCUUCAAAUGAAAUUUUUCAAAAUUUAUUUAAAGAUUGCAUUAUUGAAAAAGGAAAAUUAUCAAAAAGACUUUUGAUUUCUUCUCAAUACAUUAAACAAUUAGAUAAAUUAAUAAAUGAAAUAAAUACCUGUGAAAUUCACUUUAUUAGAUGUAUAAAAUCUAACGAAUUCGGUAAACCCAACCAUUUUGAUGAAAAAAGGGUUUUUCUACAGUGUUAUUCUUUAUCUUUAUUUCACGCUUUGCAACUUAAAAAUUUUUCAUUUUCAUAUAAAUUUACAUUUGAAGAAUUUUAUGAACAAUUUAAACUAAUUUAUAUGUUGAAUAAUUUAUAUGAACCAAUAAUUUAUUCAGAAAUUAAUGCAAAAAUAAAAACCAUUUCUAUUUGUGAAAAUUGUCAGCUAUCAAUUGAAUCUUAUAAAAUUGGAUUAACAAAAAUUUUUUUAAAUAUAGAAUCACUGACUACAAUAAAAAAACAAAUGAACAAUUUAAUUAAUAAAUGGAGUUCAGUUGUUUCUAUUUUGUAUGCUUUUGUUAAAAAGUAUAAAAAAAAAAAAAAUUUUAAAGAAAAAUGCCUGACUUAUUUGCCAAGAAUUCAGGCUCAUAUAAGAAAAUAUCUAGUGCUUCAUAAAAUUAUUUCUCAUAUUAAUAGAAAUGAAACAUUAAAAGAAAACAUAUUUUAA